CACACUCUCGCGCUUCGGGUUGAUCCGAUCGGAGCAUCUUAUUAGACACCAGUCGAGCUCUUCGGUCAUCACUAAUUAUCUUUUCUUUACCGUUUCGAAGUGAGUUGCACAGCGACGGAAAGAGGCCCGGAGAAGUUUUCGGAGCGGAAAAGCGCAGGGAAAAGCCAUGCCCUCAGUGAUGGAGCGGUCAGGGGCCGGGGUCUUGUCUAGGAGCAGAGCCAAGUCCGUAACCAAUGGCAACAGUCAGCCACACUCUGAGGAGGAGAGCAGUGAUGAAGAGCAAGCCCACGAGAGUAUGAUCAGGGUUGGAGCAGACUACCAGGCUCAGAUCCCUGAAUGCAGACCAGACAGCCUGAGCCGUUGCAGCGAGGAGGACCAGAGGAGCAUGUUGGUCUGGUGUCCGAACGAUCAGCUUUCCGAUGCCAUGUUGGAUGAGUACAUCCUCAUGGCUAAAGAAAAACACGGAUACAACCAGGAGCAGGCUCUGGGGAUGUUGUUGUGGCACAAACACGACGUGGAGCGCUCGCUGGCCGACCUGGCUAACUUCACUCCGUUCCCGGACGAGUGGACGGUGGAGGACAAGGUCCUGUUCGAACAGGCCUUCAGCUUCCACGGCAAGAGCUUUCAUCGGAUCCAGCAGAUGCUUCCAGACAAGCCGAUCUCCAGCCUGGUGAAAUAUUACUACGGCUGGAAGAAGACACGGACCAGGACGUCCGUCAUGGAUCGUCAGGCCAGGAGGCUGGUCAGCAAGCGAGAGAAAGAUGACAGUAACGAUGACAUGGAGGAGGGAGAGCCUGGCAGCGACAGCGACUUUGAUGUUGACGCCAAAAAAGAGGUAUCCAUGCAGGCGCUGAAACAGAACCCCACCAGCGCCACGUCUGACAAAGUCAUCCCUGGGCGUUCGGGCCCGGUGAGAAAGGAGAGCAUCAGCGCUCAGUACCGCCACCACCCGCUGCGAGCGCGCCGCAGACCACCUAAAGGCAUGCACCUGGAGCAGGCAGACAUCACGUCGGUGUCGGCCUCCCACGACGCCGGCGUGCUGACUAUACGGCAGCUGGACACGCAGUUGGUGUCGCUCAAGAGACAAGUGCAGACGGUUAAACAAACGAACAGCAGUCUGAAGCAGAGCCUGAGCGAGAACAUCGACAUGUUCAGACCUACUGAGUUUUUCUCUCUCUCCCUCUCCGAUGUUGCCCAGCCGGCUCAGAAGAUGAACACUCGUUGGACCACAGAGGAGCAGCUCCUGGCUGUGCAGGCGAUCCGUCGCUACGGCAAAGACUUUGGAGCCAUCGCUGAGGUGAUUGGGACAAAGACACCAGCGCAGGUGAGCUCGUUCUUCGUGAGCUACCGGCGUCGCUUCAACCUGGACGAGGUGCUGAGGGAGUGGGCGGCCGAGCAGGUCGCCACCAACCGAGAGCACCGGAAGCUUGCCGAGGAGUUGGGAGCAGCUAUGGACGGCAGCGCCGAGGACGACGAGGUCAAAAUGGAGGGCUCCCCCUCAGAUAUCACCAGCGGUUGCUCUCCACCCUCCUCCACUCAGAUUCCUUCUUCCCUCUCUCAGCCCCCUCCGCUGCUGCGGCCGGCGCCUCCCUCGGCUCCCCCCAGUCUCCUCCGCCAACCCCCUCCUCUACAGACGCGCCCACUCCAGAACCGGGCUCCACACAACCAUCCACCUCCUCCUCUCAUCCGGCCGGUGGUGACCUCCUCCAUCGGGAGCUCCACCCUCAGGGCCUCCCUGGGAGGUGGCAACAGCUCAUCUCCUCCCAAUGUCUCCUCUGCUGGGCAGCUGCCUCCUUCAGUGGUGGGGCUCAAAGUGGAGCAGCCCACCUCCCACUGACCUGCAGGUGGUAACUUUUCAAGUUAACUGGCUGAAAAACAAAGUUUGUUAAUUAUUGUUUAUUUUAGUAUUUAAAAACGUUUUUGCUGCCGGUAGAACCUCUUUACAUCCAACAUCUCUGAUCCAAACCAGUUUACAGAGGAUGUAAGUCAAGUACAGUUAGCAUUUUUUUUCCUCUCACUUCAACAGGCUGUAAAUCAGGGUUUCAUUUUUCAGUACGAUAUCCAGGCGUCCAUCGACCUGAGUAAUAUGCGUGUCAAACUGGGGUGGUUGUCUUCCGGGAUUCUUCCAUAUUCCUCUGCGAAACACCCCAAGAACAACCGGAAAGACCUGUCCCAUGCACAGUCCACAUCUGGGACGAGGACACGUCCUGUUAUCAGAGUGAGACUGCAGCCUUUAGAAGGGAGCGUUUUUAAUGUUUGAACACGCCUACCUCCGACACACAGAGACACACACUACAGAACAACAAACAAGAGCUGCCCCCCAAACCAGAAUGAAAACUGACCAGAAGGACCUCCACCCACUCCGUCCCGUUUAUCUCUGUGGCAGCUGCUAACAGCUUACUGUAUCAAAUCCAGUUUGACAAAAGUUUCACCUCCAGGUGGACUGUGAUGAAGCAGGCUUCAGAUGAUCCUUGAAGCCUCAAAAAGCUUCACUCUUCAGAUGAACUAAAGGACGCAUCGGUGAGUGUGCUGAUGUGCUAUAGCAUUGCCAGCAGCGUGCAACGUUAGUUAGCAUUUAAGUAGUUUAGGGUGGUGGAAUCAAGCAGCUGAACUCUGUCGGGUGCUAAGAAUGUUCGUUUGAGAACACCUUGAUGAAAUGUCGUCUGUUUAAAACCUCUUCAGAUCCUGCUGACCUGAGAGGGAACAAAAAUAAAGCCUGUUAUUGCUUCAAAAAGCUCACCGCCGUGCUGCUCGCCAUCAUGUCAUCAGUUUUACACGUUGAGCAGACUGCUAGUUGGUUCUGCCAGUUUUUCCAGGUCUCAAUUACAAAUGUGAAGGAGUCACACUGAGGCAGCUUUGUUUAGUUUUGAAUUUGAAGCCUUCAGUUGAAGGUGAUACGCUACAUUUUGUUUCAGUUUUGGCUUUGAUGCUUCCUCAGGUGCUCAAAUCAUACAAACAGUAGAGGACUGAACAAAUUGUACAGUUUACUUUUUAAAAAAUGUCAACUCCAUAUUCUUCGUCUCUGCAGCAAGAUCCCAAACCUGGAAAGAAUUAAUGGAAACUGUUUGGUGCCGCUUUCAGUCUGAUGUUACAUCAGUUUGACUUUAAUGCUUGUUGCCUUUGCUUAACUUGUUUGUGUACAGUAUGUGAGGUGUUUACAUUCUGGAAUUUUUUUUUUUUUUUCGAAUAAUGAAGAAAUGAUUAAAUUGUACAGU